AUGACUGUGGGUCUCCAAAAGGAUGCUACUGCCGGAUGUCAGAAUGCAAAGGGUUUCUCCCCAUCAAUUGGUGGAGAUGGCAUUUCACGUUACCGCACAGAUUUCCAUGAAGUAGAGCAAAUUGGCAGUGGAAAUUUUAGCCAUGUUUUCAAAGCGUUAAAGCGAAUAGACGGUUGUCUUUAUGCUGUGAAGCAUAGUAUAAAGCAAUUCCAUAAUGACAUGGAAAGGAAGUAUGCAUUGAGGGAAGUUCAAGCUCUAGCAGCCUUAGGUUAUCAUGCUAAUAUUGUUGGAUAUCAUACUUCUUGGUUUGAAAAUGACAAACUUUAUAUUCAAAUGGAACUUUGUGACCAUAGCCUAUCGAAAGGCCACAUACCGACGAGUGGAGAUGUACUCGAAGUUUUAUAUCAGAUUGAUCACGUAAUUAUGAUGGAAACGCAGUUGUAUAAGUUGCAUAAUCUGUUAAUCAAUAGUUUUCUAUCACGAUAUUUUGGUGAUGAAAUAAAGAUAUUUUUCUCUGUUCUUUGUGAUAACUGA